GGCAGCUCAACCCGUUCUUUCUCAUCAUCGUCGAGCCACCAUGUCGGACCUGGAGCAGCCUGUCGCUCCCACAGAGGAAAACAGGCCAUCAACACAAACAGCAGGCCAGGAUCAACCUAUCCCAGAUGUAUUGGAGUCCGCCCCGAAGCUGCAUCUCCAGGAUGAGGAACCAUCCGGGCUCGUCACGCUCAGGGAAGGAGUCUCAAACACCUAUGUUGUUCUGGUACAAGGGAUUGCCAACCGGGAGUGGAAAGCCCAGAAGCGAUGGCAGACCUGGAUGGCCUGGUUUGAUAGCAUGGGGUUGAAAGACGACCACACGAUCAAGGCCUAUUAUUAUGACAUCACGAGCGAGGAUCCUGGGAUUUUCAACGUGGAUGGAAUUGAGAAAGAGUCAAGAAAGUUACUCGAAGACCUUGCGGGAGACAGAAAAACAAGAUCCCAACAGGAGAUAUAUAUUCAUAGCCCUGGACAUUGGCGGAAUAAUAGUCAAGAAAGCCCUCAUCCUUGCCAGCAUGGCGCCGACCAUGUACGGCGAUCUGGACUAUCGCACGUCCGGUCUGAUAUUUGCCAGCUGUCCACACAGGCCUGCUACGAUCGAGGAAGCAGAGGACUAUAUCGGAGAGCUCCUCUCACUGAACUCGUGCUUCCCCCCUGAUUGUGUGCGAAAGAUCAGGGAGCUGGCACGGACAGUUCAGGCUAUCAACAGGGACUUCCUCGAAACAAAGUAUCUAAUUCGAGCACUGAUUUGCAAUAUCGUGUCUCCGAGGGCCAGAA